UUGGCAAAUAACAGCAACUCUGCAACUUCAACUCCCUCCUUUCUCUUUUGCUUCUUUCUUGAACAACAAAAGCUCCAAGUACUUAUAUUCAACCUCCCAAAUCCAGUUUUAAACGACUUGAAACUAGAGCUAAUUGAAGAAAGGAAAGCCCCAUCUUCUUCCUCUGUUGAGGAAGUUACCAAGAAGUAUGGUCUUGAAGCUGGUCUAUGGAAGAUAUUUAGCUCAAAAGAGGAGGGGGAGGAAGAUGGUGAGAAAACUAAAUCCAAGGGAGAUCAAGCCAAGGAGCUGCUAGCAAAAUAUGGAGGAGCAUACCUUGCUACCUCAAUUACUCUGUCCUUGAUUUCUUUCUCACUAUGUUAUGCACUCAUUAGUGCUGGCAUUGAUGUUCAAGCCUUGCUGCAAAAGGUGGGAAUUUCAACUGAUGCAACUGCGGAGAAAGUUGGGACAUUUGUUCUGGCAUAUGCUGCACAUAAGGCUGCAUCUCCAAUAAGGUUUCCCCCCACUGUGGCUCUUACUCCCAUUGUUGCUGGCUGGAUUGGCUCUUACUUGUUCUUGGCUCGGAUUCCAUGUGUCCUUUGAUGUCGGUGAUAAUUUCAGUAAUAAGCCAUUAUAAUGACACAAACUUUUACAGUGGUUUUUUCUUUUUCAA